UGCGGCUCCACGCGGGGACGGUCUCUCGUGCUGCAGGGCUGGUGGUAGUUUUGCAGGGUGCAGAUGUUAAUGGUGUUUUUAAUGCACAGGAUCAUGCACGGUGUGUAAAUGCGGUCGCUGUUCGGGGACUGAAAACAGACACCAGCGUGCCAGAUGGCGGACCAACACGAGCCGGACCCGGACCCGGACCGGAGCGAUGCGAGGUGCGGCGCUACAUCACGCCAGAGCGAAACCGAUCCGUCCCCGGAGCAGCAGACCUGCCGCUCUGCCCCGGCCCUGGAGACCCCCUCCUCCUGUGUGCACAGCGCCCCCUCUGGCGAGGGCAGCUCCCUGCUCCUCUCCCUGCCCUGGGAGGUGCUGCUCCACGUCACCUCCUACCUGCCGGCUCGCAUCGUGGUGGACGUGCUGCCUCAGGUGUGUCGCUUGCUCAGGGCUCUGGCCUCAGACCGGCUCACCUGGAAAGUGCGGGCUCAGAGGAGGCUCCACCCAGCUGGGGGCGGGACCUUCCCCCUCCUCGAAACCCCGGACUUCGAUUGGCCCGCAGCCUGCCUGGAGCUCGAGGAGCACCUCUCCCAUUGGUCGGACGAGGGCGGAGGGGCGGAGCGCUUCUCACUGACCGAGGGACACUUCGCCUCCGUGGAGUCUGUGUUGUUGUUAAAUGGGGGCACUGUCUGCGCCUCGGGGUCCCGGGACAGGAACGUGGUGCUGUGGGACCUGAGGAGGCUGGGGGAGGCGGAGGGGGAGGGGGGCGCCCAGAUUUCCACCCUGCUUGGUAACCAGCGCUACAGCACUCACCGGGGCUGGGUGUGGUGCCUGGCUGCCCGGGGGAGUCUGCUCUGCUCGGGCUCCUUCGACAGCACCAUCAAGACGUGGGACCUGGGGGCCUGUGGGGCCCCCCUGUCUGAGAUCAGGGGACGGGAUGCAGUGCUCUGCCUGUCCUGCCUCUCUGAUGUGGUGGUGGCGGGCUCCUUUGAUAAGAGGGUCUCGGUGUACGAUCCUCGCUGUGCCGAGCCGCUGCUGCAGAGCCUGGAGCUGCACGCCAGAGCGGUCCUGACCCUGAGCGCAGACGAGAGGCACAUCGUCUCGGGCAGCGAGGACCGCAGCCUGGCCGUGUUCGACCGGAGGGCAGGCAAGCUGCUGCAGAGGAUGCAGCUCAGCUCGUACCUGCUGUCUCUGUGUCCGCAGCCUCCCUUCCUCUGGGCGGGUGAUAACCAGGGUGAGCUGCACGCUCUGCGCUGGCAGGACGGGCUCCUCUCCCCCCUCGCCAGGUUCGAUGUGGGGCACCGAGCGCUGCUCACUGGGGUGCAGGUCUCGCUGGGGACCCUGUACACCUGCGCCACCGACAAGACCCUCAAGGUGCAUGUCCCCUCGGACCCCCCGAAGACCCUCUGCACCGUCCAGCACCAAGAGGUCUUCAAUGGGAUCAGUGUGGAGGGUGGGGUGCUGGCAGCUGCAUCGGGAGACAUGUCUGUUGAAAUCUGGAAGAUGAAGAAAUCUCCCUGAAUUGAGCCCUGUGCAUUUCACAGCCCCUUUACCCCCAAAAUAAACCCAUAACAACAUGACUAGUACUUCAGUGUUUUCAAACGGGGUUCAGGGUUUGAAAAACGAUUUCUAUAGUCCUUGACACGGUCUGCAUGCACACCAAACCAGAUUGAGAAGACCCAGGGGGUCGUCUGGAACCGGGUUUUAGGCUAAACUGGGUCACGGCAAUCCGGACUCGCCAGCCCUGUUGGUUCUAGAACACGGUUCUUCCAAUACAGGCAGCGCCCCCGAUACUUGUCCCUAGCCUGGGGUUCUGGAGCGUGAAGCAGAGACAGGUGAAGCGUGUGGACGAGGAUUCGUGAAGGCUUGCUUUCUGAAAGUGUCCCCACCCCCCUCGUCAUGGAGACGUGUUUCUGCUUCGUCCCCACGGGGAAGUCCACGUCCAAACGGAGAGCUUCGUUCACAGGAUGUGCAGGGCAGGGCUGCGCCCUCUUGAUUGAUUGAUUGAUCAGUUGUGUGUGUGUAAUAAUAAUAAUAAUAAUAAUAAUAAUAAUAAUAAUAAA